AUGAAGGAGAAGGAUCUCCUCUCUAAGUUCCUGGUCGGGAACGAGCUUCACGACAGCGUUACGCUACAGCAGUUCAAAACGUUCUUUCCGUCUUCAUAUCGAUCGCACCCAGAGGUCAAUGAUCUUUACCGUGCAUACCUGAAUGCUCGCCAUCAAGCCAGAAGCAAAGUCCGGAGAAAUAUCGACAUUGAAGUCAGGCGUAACCCGUACAAUCUGGAUCAACAGGCACGGUCAGAUACGGAGGCCAAUGCGUCAUCCACAGCAGCCCAAAGUAGCGAUAUCGACCUCGGUGCUACGGAUACCGAUGCUAUGGAUAUUGAGGACGUUGACAAGCAUCUGACACUCGAUCAAGCAAUUCAGGAGCUCUUACAGGCUGAAAGCAUCUUCAAAAGAGAAAUCGGCAGGCUUGAAAAAGAAUGCGACGAAUUCGUCCAAGAGUUCCAAGACCUGGAUCGUGAGAUGGAUGCUGUGAAAGCUCCGGAGAACCCCGCCAUCAGCCUUAGCGAACAAUCUUUGAUGGAAGAUCUUCAGAAACACCUACAGACUGAGUCGUUCUGCAUCGUCUGA